GAAGACAGAGACGCGGUCCGCAAAUUCUCCCAAUAAAAGGGGCGUCCUCUAGGUUUUCCAUCUUCAGCCUCUCCUCUCCUCUCACCAUUUCUAAAUUUUCAAUUCCAAUCUCUCCUUUUCGUCGUCAAUUUCCUCUGUUUCUCUCUCUUUUGAUCUCGGUUUCUCUGUUCUUCGAUUUGAACGGUUGAAUUUGAGAUCUUGCUUUCGAAAUUCUGGAGUUGAUUUAGCCGAGUCGGUGUGGGUGGCGUCGAACUGAAUUGAAUUUGGGGGAAGGCCAUUCGGAGCUGUGUUUUCGUUUGGUGGGAGAGGGCCAGAGGGGGUGAUCAAUCGAGCUGUUUAUUUCGUUAAUCGGAUUGGGGAAUUUGGCGAUUAGGGUUUCUGGUGCGUGAUAUGUGAAAGGAGUUUCUCUGCGCGAGGAUGCCCGCUACAGAUUAUCAGGGUUCGUCGGCGGCCUUUACCAACAUUGGACGUCCGGCUCAGAGUAUCCGGCGGGAUCAGCUUUUCGCGAUGGAUGGAUCUCCGACGUCCCACGAGCAGGAUCUCGAUGGAUUCCAGAGGCAAGUUGCCGACCGGUUCCUGGACCUUGCGUCGGUUGGUUCUGAUGAUUUGCUUUCCCUAUCUUGGAUUCAUAAGCUUCUGAAUUCAUUCCUAAGCUGCCAGGAGGAGUUUAAAAUCGUUCUCGUUAGCCACAAAUCUCAAAUCUCUAGACCCCCAUUGGAUCGUAUGGUCGCUGAUUAUUCGGAGCGCAGCGUCAAGGCGCUCGAUGUGUGUAAUGCGAUUCGUGAUGGGAUCGAGCAGCUCAGGCAAUGGCAGAAGCUCUUGGAAAUUGUUCUCAGUGCGUUGGACAACUGCAACCACCAGAGGACUCUCGGGGAGGGUCAAUUCCGUCGCGCCAAGAAGGCCCUCAUCGAUUUGGCUAUUUGUAUGCUUGAUGAGAAAGAUUCGCAUACCUCUGCCCUUGCCCACCGGAACCGUUCUUUCGGACGCAACAAUACAUCGAAAGAGCAACGGUCUUUGGGCCACUUCCGAUCGCUGUCGUGGAGCGUUUCACGAUCUUGGUCGGCUGCGAGGCAGCUGCAAUCGAUUGGAAAUAGUUUGGCGGCCCCUAAAGCGACUGAGCUUUUGGCUACAAAUGGCCUCGCAGUCCCUAUUUUUACCAUGAACAUGGUGUUAUUGUUUGUAAUGUGGGCGCUGGUGGCGGCUAUUCCUUGCCAGGACAGGGGUUUGCAGGUCCAUUUUUCUUUGCCCCGGCAUUUCCCAUGGGCGGCUCCAAUCCUUCAACUGCACGAUCGAAUUGUGGAGGAGUCCAAGAAGCGAGAUCGAAGAAAUUCCUGUGGGCUGUUGAAGGAGAUUCAUCAGAUCGAAAAGUGCACGCGUCUCAUGAAUGAUUUGGCGGAUGCAGUUCAGUUCCCAUUGGCAGAGGAUAAAGAAGCGGAGCUGAGACAGAGAGUGCAAGAGCUAUCAACGGUGUGUGACACCCUGAGGACUGGAUUGGACUCAUUGGAGCGGCAGGUGAGGGAAGUUUUCCACAGGAUUGUGCGCAACAGGACUGAAGGGCUUGACUCUUUGGGACGAGCGAAUCACUCUGAAUAGAGUCGUGGGAGUUUCAGAAUAUGUUCAACUUGGGUUUCCAUGGUUACGAGGAAUAAGAGAAAGAACAGAGGAUGAAAAACGAAAACGAGAGUGACAGUUAUAAAAUGGUGAGGGGGGCUCUUUGUAUUUAUUUACUCAAGCGUAUAUUGUGUAAAGAAAUUUGGAUUUGAAACAUUUGCAUGGAUCUUCUCCAUCUGGCGGUGUUGGUUCUGUCAUAUUUGUUUCGCAAUGCCAUAUUUAUCAGUCCAUGACUGACAUGCAGUCAUUGUAUUGUUUAUUGUUACACAAUUGUCUUUUGGUCCAUGUUAUUAUAUACGAAUUCUGCUGCAAAAGACAACAUUACUACCAAAAGUUUCAUCUAUUUCUUUCGAUUGUA